AUUCACUCUAUCUGGUGUCCCACAGUACACACAACAUGGAAAUGCAAUUAUUUUAGUAAAUAUAAACUGAUAAAUACCUUUUCUCAUCAGCAGUUAGAGCAGUCUUAUCACUGGUUAAAACUAGUAGGAGGAGUUUUCUUUCUGCUCUAGGAGGAUGUGAAACCCCAUGACCCUCUGUCUGGACAGUGCUGAUUGGCCCUGUGCUGAUCACAUGCACUCUCCAAAGAAAAAAACAAACCUCUCUAGUAAUACACAUCAAAUUGAGCAUGUGCAUGUGACCACAGGCUAUGUCUGUAUCAGGUGGUCAUUUCAACAAGAGGAGGGGCAGAGAAUAAAGGAUCAAACUGUCUUUUUACACAAUGCAGAGGAUUAACCCCUUAGGUUCCACAGUGAGUAUAACAAGCAUGUUUUACUGCAUAUACAGACUGAUUUUACUGUUGUGGGUUUA